AUGUCUCCCGAGGAGCGUAACAAGAUUAUCAGUAACAACCGCUCGCUUCGAAACAUCAAGAAUGAACUCGAAGCACUUGCUGAGACUGGCGCAAUCACCGAUGAACAGUAUGAUACGAUUAUGAAUGCCCUCCCCGCCGAAUCGCCUCUCAGCGGUGCAGCCCGUAAGGUAGCGUCACCUUCUCCCGCACAUUCUCCCGCACCCACAGCCGCGCCUACAUCCCCUCCUCCAGCCGAACCUACAGCCGCUUUCAGCAACUUAAAUCUCAACAAUGAUCCCGCUCCUCCCGCAUACAGCAGUCCCACCCCGCCAGCCGCGCCACCCCGUGAGGCUCCUCAAAAACUCGAGCUUACACGUGCUACUGCCCUCUACCGAUACUUCGAAGCCGGCGACUGCAAUUUCGAGGUUGGCGACCAGAUUGCUGUUUACGAAUACAUGAACGCAGAUUGGUGGCUGGGCAAGAAUCUGCGAACCGGCCAAGAAGGUGUUUUCCCCGUCAAUUAUGUCCAAGUCCAAGCCGUACCACCUCCAGGUCCUCCGCCCCAGGGCGGUUAUUACGGCAAUGAUAAUAAGGCGGGUGGCUUUGCUGGCGGAUAUCCUCAACCACAACAAUACCAAAGUCCUCCUCCUCCUGGUCCUGGUCCAAGCAACCCAUACAAUAGCCCAGUCCCUCCGAUGGCGGUCGCAGAGCAGUCUGUUGAUGGCAACAAGCCUCCUAACAAGGGAGCAGAGAUGGGCAAGAAGUUCGGUAAGAAGCUGGGUAACGCAGCCAUUUUUGGUGCGGGUGCCACGCUUGGUGCUGAUCUUGUGAACUCCAUCUUCUAA